GAAGAGUCCUUUGCUUAGCCGUCAGCAUAAAGCGAAAACUUGUCUUGCGCACCGCUUUCUCGCCGUGCGCUGGAUCGAUCUCUUAAGCAACCCCAACACAAAACAGCCAUCAAUCCUGUCAUACCCACCGGAAAAGACCUGACGAGGACGGCCGCACAUCAUGUCCAACACGGACUUCCUCGACCGCGCGAUCAAGCAGGUGCGGCUUGCCAUCGACGCCGACAAUGCCGCGCAAUACGAAAAGGCCUACCAACUCUACUACCAAUCCCUCGAACUUUUCAUGUUGGCCCUAAAAUGGGAAAAGAACCCCAAGUCGAAGGAGAUGAUUCGCGCUAAGACGGCCGAGUACAUGGACCGAGCUGAAAAACUCAAGGCGCACCUUGCCGACGCCGAAGGCAAGCGUAAAAAGCCCGGGAUGGUAGGUGUUAACGGCACCACGACAGGGGGUACGGGCAAGGGGAAAGAAGCUGGUGAAGACGGAGGGGAAACACUGGAUGAAGAUAGCAAGAAGUUGCGAAGCGCGCUAGCGGGGGCUAUUCUGCAGGAAAGGCCGAAUAUCAGGUGGGAUGAUGUCGCCGGGCUGGAGCAAGCGAAGGAAGCUCUCAAAGAGGCCGUUCUGCUGCCUAUCAAGUUCCCGCACCUGUUCCAGGGCAAGAGGCAGCCAUGGAAGGGAAUCUUGCUGUAUGGACCGCCGGGUACAGGCAAGAGUUAUCUCGCCAAGGCGGUGGCGACGGAGGCGAAGAGCACGUUCUUCAGCGUGAGCAGUUCGGAUCUGGUGAGCAAGUGGAUGGGUGAAAGCGAAAGGCUAGUCCGCCAACUCUUCGCCAUGGCCCGCGAGAACAAACCAUCAAUCAUCUUCAUCGACGAGAUCGAUGCCCUGUGCGGCCCCCGCGGCGAAGGAGAGUCGGAAGCCUCCAGGAGGAUAAAGACUGAACUGCUGGUCCAGAUGGACGGUGUAGGCAAAGACUCCAAGGGUGUCCUGAUCCUUGGAGCAACCAAUAUUCCCUGGCAGCUGGACGCGGCCAUCCGCCGGCGUUUCCAGCGUCGUGUGCACAUCAGCCUGCCUGAUUUCGCAGCGCGGACAACCAUGUUUAAGCUGGCCGUCGGCGACACCAACACGGCGCUGAAACCCGAAGACUUCCGCGAGCUGGCGAAGGCAGCGGAGGGGUACUCAGGUUCCGAUAUCAGUAUCGUGGUGCAGGACGCGCUGAUGCAGCCUGUGCGCAAGAUCCAGCAGGCGACGCACUUCAAGAAGGUAAUGAAAGACGGCAAGGAAAUGCUCACUCCCUGCUCGCCGGGUGAUCCCCAGGCAAUAGAGAUGACGUGGGAGAGUGUGCCAUCGGAGGAGCUGCUGGAACCGGUGGUCGAGAAGAAGGACUUUAUCAGGGCGAUCAAGGCUAGCCGACCGACCGUCUCGCAGGGGGACCUCGAGCGGAAUGAGGAAUGGACUAAGGAGUUUGGCAGUGAGGGAGCAUGACCAAGCGUAUUGGGAGGAAGAACAAUGUUUGGGCGGACAUUUAGGCUGGCGUGCGGCGUUGAGAGAGAAAGCAAUGGUUCCAGAAUACAUAUAUCAUGGACAGGGGCUUUAGGCUCCCCCUGAAGAUUGAUCGCGAUCUUUAGAAGUCGAGGACGUUGUCGGACUCCUCCCAACGACAUGGCCUUUCCUUCAAAUUCCACGUCGUCAAACAC